AUGGCUUCCUUGUUGAGAAAGAAGGUUGCUAAUCGUCAUAUAUCUUCCUUAGCUGCCGGCCACGCAGAUCAUGGCGGCUUGUUGUCAUCGUCCUCUCCACCUCAAAGUCCUCAUUUAAUUCACCAUCAUCACCAACUGGGAUUUACCACUGGGGACAUGGACAGCAGGGAUUGCAGCGAGGCGACAUUAUCAGACCAAGAAGAAUUAGCUUCCUUGGCCGACGAAGUGGAUGAUGAUAGUUUUGCAACCUUAGGAACUUUGUCUUUUUCUGAAGACGAAGACGGCCGAAAUAGCAGUAACAAUACAACAUACCCUAUCCAAAAAGAAUCUUCCAGAUCACCUGAGCCUGUGCCUUUUGAUGGUCAGUACAAUGGGACUGAAAGAGUCAGUUUUGAGGUAACCUCAGCUGAUAAAAUUAAAGAUGGACGGUCAGCAUUUGUGAUGUACACAGUCCUGAUCAGUAAAAAUUCUGGCAUUGAUAAGAUGCCAACUAUGAUUGAAAAAAGAUAUUCCGAUUUUGACCGCCUCAACAAUCGGCUGAGAAAGAAAUUCCCGUAUAAAAUGGAAGAUAUUUCUUUUCCGAAAAAAUUGCUGACUGGCAACUUCACUAGUGAAACCAUUGCCCGUAGGAGCCGAGCCUUUGAGCAAUACUUGACACACCUUUACUCAAUCUCAGAUGUACGGUACUCUGAGGACUUUGCUAAUUUCUUCUACCUGAAGGAAUUGAAAGUAGCGUAUAACCUGAUGUUUGAGUGUAAGUACUCUGAAGCUAUACCCAUCCUGGAGAAGUGCCUUCCUGUCCAGGAAAAGGUCCAUUCUGAUAUGUAUCCAGACAUACUGUUAACACUGUGUGCCAUUGCAGCUAGCUAUCACCAGCUGGAACGACCCUACAUGGCACAACGAUAUGCAGAAACUGCAUUGGGCUGUAUUCAUAACACAAACAGAGAAAUGGAUGAAGCCAUUUUGGUGGCCCUGCUGCAACUGUCGAUACGUGUCUGUUGGACUUUAGGCAAAGAUAAGAGAGAUCUGGAAAGUCGGCUGCAGGCUCUAAGACAGCAAGGUGUCAUUGUGGAAAAUGCCCGACCACUGAUGGAUGUAGUGAAAUCACGGAUUAGAAAAAAGUACCAAAAAUAG